AUGCAUCUUCCUGCCCCGACUUACAGCUUCAACAUCCCUUCGGUUCACGACGGGACUGAGUUAGAGUGCCGUCUCUAUUUGCCUCUGGAUCUGCUGCAGUCGGAUGGUGCUCGCAAGUGGCACAUACGAGGUGCGAUAAUAGCCCAUCCAUAUGCUCCUCUUGGAGGGUGCUAUGAUGAUCCGGUAGUGGGCUUUAUUGGCGGGGAGGUCCUCAGAGGCUGUUUUGUGGUGGGCACCUUCAACUUUCGGGGAGCUGGUGAAUCCGGAGGUCGAACUAGCUGGACAGCAAAGCCUGAAUUGGCGGACUAUGUUUCCUUCUACGGAUUUAUGCUCCAUUACCUGCGUUUGUUGAAAGACCACACCCGACAGGAGGACAAGGGCCCAGAUCCGAGUUCUGCUCCACCGGUCGAAUCAGCUGGUGACUCUAGAACCGCUUCUGGGGAAGUUCAUCUCAUUCUAGGGGGCUAUUCCUACGGGUCGAUGAUCGCUUCACAUCUUCCGACUGUCGAUGUGGUAGCACGCUUGUUCGCAGAGGGCGAUGUCGGUACAUCAUUCCACCAAAUACGCCAAGCUGCGAAGGAGCUCUCAGCUCAGUCGAUAAAGAGUGUCCGAGGCACAGACAUGCCGUCGACAUCGAGCAAAUUUGCAUCCAGAGAAUGGAGCACGACUGUUGAGGAUGUUACUCGAACAACAAUUUCAUACCUUCUCGUUUCACCUCUUUUGCCCCCUGUCAACUUACUACUCACGUCUUUUUCGAAGCUUUCUUCCUGCUUGGAAGUAGAGACCACUACACAGAGUAAACAGGUUCUCUGCCCAAAGCCAGCCGACCAGCUCUGCUCACACAGAACACUGGCAAUUUACGGAAAUCACGACACAUUCACUUCCGCCCACAAACUACGUAAGUGGGCUAGCGAUCUUUCUGAAGCGGCUCACAGCCAAUUUCAGUCAGCCGAAAUCGACGGGGCCGGCCAUUUCUGGCGUGAGAAAGGCGUUGAAUCUCGAGCAAGGGAAGCUCUGAGGACUUGGCUGCAUCACAUUCCAUGA